AUGUUCGAUCGAUCCAGUACAAACUUUCUUAUGAAGAUCGCCACCGACGGCGGUGAGCACAACUAUGCCGCCAACUUCGACGCAUCCUCUGACUACAUCGCCGCCUCCGGGAGUCGUGCCAGCUUGGGUUCAGGAUCUAGUGAGGAUAACGGAUACGGUGGGAUGGCGGAGAGUGAGGAUGAGGACGGCCAGGGUGAUGGUGGGAGACGGGUGCUGAAGGUACGUAUUUGA